CACUUGGCUCUACUCGUUCGUAAUGGAUGAAAUACCGGACACCAAAUACGUUAAGUUCAUGUUUGAGAUCGAGUACUCGGCACACGAGUUGAUCCCGGGUUCGCUGGAGGCGCAGAUAGAACUGAUCACAUUUGGCGACCCGUGUCAGGUGCCCAAAAUUGAGUGCGAGGAAACUGGUCGUGGUAAAGGCAAUAAAUGCAUGAAUAAAGCCGUGUCGAGCGCACCCAAUGUGUGUCCGUGUUUGUACGGCUAUAGUGGCGACCGGUGCGAGAAAGUCGACUAUUGUAUGGUUAAAGCCAAUGCUGUAAAUAUGACACUUAAUCCAAACAUGACCUAUGCGGGUAAAUCUGGUCAACUAUUAUGCGAACAGAGUGUGGCGUCAAAGGCGUGCGAUAGCGAGGGCUCAACACAUUUGGUUGGAAGUCAAGCCGAUAAAGAUAAGGUGUACCGAUGUGUUUGUCAGGACAGUGUACCAAACCAUUUACUAAAUUGGGACAAGACUAACAAAGUGUGUACAGCAGCUCCAAUUAAAUUGGAUAGAGGUUGGACACAAGUUGGGGCCGAUUACUAUCCGAACGAUGCAAUCAAUGAAAUAAGCUAUGAAUUUAUUGACAUUAGUACCGAUAGAGUGGACAUAUGCUCUACAAUAGAUUACACUCUUGGCAGUCAUGUUGUGAAGUUCUGCGUGCGAGACUUUAUGUACAAACCAGCUAGCAACUUCUUUUUGACUAUAACAUCGGUGGCCGACAAAUACGACGCGAGUUCAUUAACAAAGUUCACGUGGAGUGUUGAGCCCGUAUUGAUUGGCACAAUGAAUAUGAAACUGAUCGCCGGUUUGAAGUCAAGCGAUCGGUGGAGGAAUGAGUACCUGUUUGGGGACAAUAAAUUGAUCUUAGAUGGAACAAAAUUUAAAAGCAAUACAAUCACAAUUCCGCCAAAAACUACAACCGAAAUACCGAUAUAUUUAAUGAGUGAUUGGAUUGAAUUCAAUCCUAAAAUCAACGAUCCGUUAAAACCGCGGAUAUCUAUCGACAAGAUAUUAGCGGCAAAUAUUAAUGCCGUUAGGAUUGAAACAGGAAUACUUUGGGACACACAAGACAUGUCUUCUCUGCAAUUAUCUCGCGUCGCGUUUGUGGCCGACAAAGACAUCGAACAAUCCCUACAAAUCACUCAAUACAAUAAAAUUCAAUAUUUCAAACUUGUCAUCAAAUUCACGUUAACCAACGCCGACACUACCCCUAAGACUGUUGACUUGGCCGUCACUGACGUAUCAAUUGGUGAUCCGUGCGAUAAAAAAGUCCGAAAUGUUUGCUCAAAUCAGGGCACUUGUGCGGCACCGGUUUUACCCGAUGUACGCAAAUACUCACCAGAAAACUACGUGUGUUCAUGCGAUAGCGCACAUUUUGGCAAAGAUUGUGAGCUGUUACGAUGCGUAGAUGUCGUGGCAAGACAAACGUGCGAUGCUUCACCGCGAUAUGCAAUAGAUAUAUUCAAUGAUGUGACCAAUUGUGAACAACAACAAACUGGGGCAUGGUCGAAUGAAUUCGAGCCCCAAUUAACACAUGAUGUUAAAUACAAAGAGGUAUUUCCUCUAUACGUGUCGGAGAUAUCGGGCGAUAAAUUGACGCAAACAUUCAACAACUACGACACCACUCGUGACUAUUGCUAUACUUUUAAAUACUUCGCAAACGCGGACUCAAAAGUAGUCGUUUCAUACAAAGACCAAACAUCGGGGUAUAUAUUUGGACGCUAUUCAGGCGAAGACUUCAACCAACAGUCUAUAUGUGUCUCACACUUAACACCUGUUAUUGAGAAAGACUUUACAAUUGUGUUCAAAACAGUGAUGACUAAACCGGUCAAUAGACUGGCUAUUAAUAUACCGAGCGGUCACACAACCGAUCCGAUUAGCGAAUAUCUUGCAUAUAUACCGUUAAUUAAUCCAACGCCCACAACACCCCCUACACCACAAGUUGACCCUGAUGCUACAUUUGAAAAAAUAUUUAAACAAUUUACUGGACCAAGCUCAAAUUGGAAUCAUAAAGGCAAUCUUGUAGCUUUUAAAGCAACACAACAGUCAGAUGUGGCCGUAUAUAUGAUCAGUCAAUGGAUCAAAAAGACAACCGAUUCGGUGGACGUAUGGAUUAAAUUAACGUCAAAAGACUUCACGGGAUUUGCCAUUCAAUUCGUGACGAUUGCCGACAACAAACAGGAAGCAUCGGCUGUGGACACUGCGGUCACUACAUUUGAUGGUAAACUAAAGAUUAAAGUACCGGCCGGUACAGCCUGGAAGUUUGGCAUUAAAGUCACUUACAAUACACUUGACAAAGAGUUGUUUACAAUCGAUCAGUUCUCACUUAACGACCCGUGCGCUGAACCCAAAACACAUUCCCUAAUUAAUUGCGCCACAAAAGAUGGAGGUGGAAGGUGCAGACGAUUUGUGAAGGAACAUCCAGAGUUACCAUAUUAUUGCGAAUGCGACCGCAGUAUGAAAGGCGACGAUUAUUGUGCGAAAGAACCUAAACGAGGCACAUGUAAAAUAGAUGCAUCAAAUGAUCGCUUUGAGUGCACGUGUCCUAAAAUCGAGCAAUUUUAUUGGGAUUCGCGCGACGACGUAAUGGAUUGCAAAAAUCUGCCCAAAUGUUUCACCAAAGGGUGUAAUAAAGUUAGCGAGAAUUGUGUGGAACCGGCCGAUGACAAACCGGCAGAAGACGCCACAUGUGUGGCCAAAGAGGGCUAUUAUAAAGACCCGGUGACGGGAGUGACCACUAAGAUUGACAUUUGCAAAGUGGCCGACAGAAAGAUUGCCAAAUUAGCUAACGAGAAGCCCUGUGACGACGAUCGGGCCAUGUGCGAACACGACUUUAUCAACCCCACUCAGUACACGUGCAGAUGUCCUCCUGGGUUUGAGACACAUGGAAGCGGACGAUCGGUCAGCUGUACAUCGCAGAAAUGCGCUUCACCAGCAUUUCACACGUGUCAGCACAAAUGCGAGAACGUGGACGACAAGGGCGCCGACCAUAACACGUACAUCAGGGGCUAUAAGUGUGGCUGUAAUACAAAGAUGUACUCACAAAGUGGCGACACCUGUACGCCCACAAUACCGUGUACUAAAUGUAACGGAAUUGCUAACUGUUUCUGCGAUGGAGUCAAAGAUGAUAGUCAUCAUUGCUUUGAUGGUUGGGAUUGGACUGCAGAUAACAAACAGUGCGAAAUACGCGAUGAGAAAGGUAGUUGGUGUUUGGCAGGCAGUGCGACCAAACUGGACAAACCGGACGCAACCGGACGCCGGUAUUGCCUGUGCGACGCGCCGUACGUUCAAAGCUCGGACAAGAGGUCGUGUGUAUUGCAGGGCGUGUGCGGACAGGGAGGCGCCGGACGGACGAGAUGCGACGGUAUACAAGCCCUGUGCAGAUUGACUGACCCAAAGAGUGUUACGGAUCAUCCGUUUGAGUGCGUGUGUCCGCCCGGCACUAUACAGGAAGCGAAAGGAAAGCUGUGUCAACCCGUAUGCAAAUUCCGUAACCGUGACCUCGCGUGCAAUCGCAUUAACGCCGAUUGCAAUCCUAACAAAGACGUCAUACUUGUGAAUGAAAAGCCUGAACACUACUGUGUGUGUCGGCCCGGACUCAUAAUGUCUGGAGGCAAAUGCAUGGCCACUGAAUAUACCAUGAAAUUCAGCAUUUCCAUUAAAAAUUACCUACCAUUUAAAGCGCUUGAAUAUACCUUACAGCCGGCGUACAGUCUAGCGCCGUACGAAAACGCUCCAAUGCAAGACUGGGCCGGCAUUUACAAAGACAUUGAAUCGACGAACGCAUUGAAUCGGGCGCUCUUUGACAAAAACUCCGCCGACAAACAGAAAGCCUACGAACGCGAUAUGAUUGAAGCAGAAGUGGUCAGACUGUUGGCCGGUGUGCCUCAGUUUGAAGUGGCAAAAGAUUCAAUACGGCUAACAAAGUGCACGUCUGGCGACUAUAUGUCGUGCGAUUUCACGGCUGUACUUAAGAAAGAUACCGAUAUAAAAACAAAUCCCAUAAAUCUUGGGAAAUAUUUGGAACAUUUAUGCCACCCGUUAACAGGUCUCAAGGAUCAAGUGGAUUGUUUCAUGACUGUGCCCAGGACAUCGUGUCAAACUGUUAACCCAAAUAACUGGAACGUGAUAGACAAGGAGAGGUCACACGGUUAUGUGAACUGGCCAUAUCAGGAUCACCAAGAUAGUCUGGCCGACAAAGCGAGUCAAUUCUUUUACCUUAAAGGAAAAGAAUCGUCACUUAAAUUCAAAAAAGAUUUUCUCGACAGACCGGACGUGAAAGCGAGCAAUCGAUUUAUUCUUUGUUUU